AUGAAGCUGUCUGCUGUUACCCUCUUGGCUCUCACCUCGAGCAUCGCCGCAGCUCCGGCUCCGGUUGCUGAGCCUGGCCGCGACGUCGAUCGUCGUGACUGGGACAGACCUUCCAGGGGCUGGAACGACUGGGACGGUGACCGCCGCAAGGGUGGCUACGACCACGGCCGCAAGCCCGACUAUGACCAUGGUCGCAAGCCUGACUACAACAAGCCUUCCAAGGGCUAUGACCAUGGCCGCAAGCCCGACUAUGACCAUGGUCGCAAGCCCGACUACAACAAGCCUUCCAAGGGCUGGAACGACUGGGACGAUGACCGCCGCAAGGGUGGCUACGACCACGGCCGCAAGCCCGACUAUGACCAUGGUCGCAAGCCCGACUACAACAAGCCUUCCAAGGGCUAUGACCAUGGACGCAAGCCUGACUACGAUCAUGGACGCAAGCCCGACUACAACAAGGGCAAGCCUUGGGAGAACGACUACAAGCAUGGAGGCAAGAAGGACAACUACAAGCCUCCUAGCAAUGACUACAAGCCCCCAGGCAAGGAUUACAAGCCUCCUGGAAAGGAUUACAAGCCUCCUGGCAAGGAUUACAAGCCUCCUGGCAAGGACUACAAGCCCCCAGGCAAGGACAACUACAAGCCUCCUAGCAAUGACUACAAGCCUCCUGGCAAGGACUACAAGCCCCCAGGCAAGGACAACUACAAGCCUCCUAGCAAUGACUACAAGCCCCCAGGCAAGGACAACUACAAGCCUCCUGGCAAGAAGGACAACUACAACAAGCCUGGCAAGGGCAAGCCUGGCCGAGAUGAUUGGGACCAUGACCGUCCCGGCAAGGGAGGUCGCGAUGACUGGGACCAUGAUCGCCCUGGCAAGGGAGGUCGCGAUGACUGGGAGAAUGACCGUCCCGGUAAGGGUGGCAAGCCUGGCCGCGGUGAUGGUCGUGGUGACUGGGAAGAUGAUUGGGAGAACGACCGUCCUGGUAAGGGUGGCAAGCCUGGUCGCGGUGAUGGACGUGGUGAUGGCCGCGGUGAUUGGGACAACGACUGGGAGAACGACCGUCCUGGUAAGGGUGGAAAGCCCGGCCGAGGUCGCGAGGACAGAUGGUAA